GUCAUGGUAACAAGCAAUGCUUACGGAUUAUAAUUAAAAUAUAUAGUGCUUCUAUUAAAUGUCAAAUGAGUAGAAUGAGGUUAUAUCUAUCAUAAUAAACAGAUUUUUUUAAAACAAAAUCCAAAUUCGGUUAACACAGAUAUUUAGUAUUCAUUUAAGACAAAAAUGAAAAUAUGGCGGACGAAGAAGAUGUUGUAGAAGAGGAACCGCAGGUACAAGAAGAUAGAGUUAGUGAGUCAGGACUGAGUCCAGUGGAUGUUGAAAAAACACUUGCACCACCCAAAUAUGAAGUACGUCCAGGCCUGGGUGAGAAAUUUCAAGCUCAGAAUGUCAGGGAUAUAAUAUUAUCGACAAUGCAAGAACAAUUAAUGGGGCGGCAGUAUCGCUCUGAUCAAGCUCCGAGAUGGGCUCAAUCAAUAUCUAAUGCUGUACGUCAGAGAGUUCAGGAUCUUGAUAUGAAGAGAUAUAAAAUACUGGUACAGACUAUAUUGUUAGAGAUGAAGGGAGCUGGAAUUAAAUGUGGCCAGCGUUGUAUUUGGGAUCCUGAGACGGAUGACUAUGCGGAUGAGUUAUUUAGGAAUGACACAAUAUAUUGUUACACUAUUGUCUAUGGUGUUUAUAUGUACUGAUUUGUUCAAUGUUGUUUUUUUCCUUAAAACCAGGUUGCACCGGCCAGUGUUAAACCUGUGUGGUGCCAUUUUGAUUUUUAUUAAUAAGGCAAAUAAAAUGAGGUGCAAAAGAAAUCCUCAACUGUCUUUUAUAUUUGGCUCACAAUUAAAAUAAUCUCUUUCUAGAUAAUAUUUUGUGAUCUAGUCCCUAGAGAUAGUUUUGCACUUUUUAAAAUUUUCUAGUAUUUUCUACUUGAUAAUGUAUAUGUAAAAUGUGCAUCAGUAAAUAACUUUUAUUAGAAUGGGAACAAAAUUAUUAUGAAAAAUAA